UGUAAAACCUGAUGAAGUAAAAAAAUGCCGGAUUCUGCCUCUCACUUGCCAUUCUUCUAUGGGAGUAUUUCUCGUGCAGAUGCUGAAGAGUAUCUUAAAAUAGCUGGGAUGAUUGAUGGCCUUUUCUUGUUGAGACAAUGUCUCAGAAAUCUUGGUGGUUACGUUCUUUCUAUGGUCUACAAUUUACAAUUUCACCAUUAUCCCAUUGAACGUCAGCUUAAUGGUACAUAUGUUAUUGCUGGAGGGAAAUCCCACUGCGGGCCUGCAGAACUUUGUGAAUACUACUCAAAAGAUGCAGAUGGACUAUGCUGUGCUUUACGACGGCCCUGCAACCGCCCCAGUGGAGUGGAGUGUAAGACUGGAGUGUUUGACAACAUACGAGAUAAUAUGAUGAGGGAAUAUGUAAAACAAACAUGGAAGCUUGAGGGUGAUGCACUGGAACAGGCGAUCAUCAGCCAGGCUCCCCAGGUUGAGAAGCUUAUUGCCACAACUGCACAUCAGCAGAUGCCAUGGUACCAUGGAAUCAUUAGCAGAGAAGAAUCUGAACGCAAGCUUUAUUCAGGAGCACAACCAGAUGGCAAAUUCUUGAUGAGGGAGAGAAAAGAAUCUGGGACCUUUGCCCUCUCAGUAGUUUAUGGGAAAACUGUAUACCAUUAUAAGAUUGACCAUAACAAAUCAGGGAAGUUUUCAAUUCCAGAAGGAACAAGAUUUGAUACUUUGUGGCAGCUUGUGGAGUACUUGAAACUCAAAAAUGAUGGACUAGUAACUGUAUUAAAAGAGGUCUGUCCAAAUGCCAACACACCAAUGGGACUAGCUAAUGCAACACCAACCAUCCCUGGAAAUAGGAGAGCCAACCAUGAUGGGUAUACACCGGAACCAUUUAAAGACACCCGCCAUAUAUUGCCUAUGGAUACCAGUGUUUAUGAGAGUCCUUACAGUGACCCAGAGGAGCUGAGGGAACGCAAGCUUUUCUUAAACAGAGAUCUGCUUCUCAUUGAUGAGGUUGAACUGGGUUCAGGAAACUUUGGAUGUGUCAAGAAAGGAGUUUACAAGAUGAGAAAGCGCCAGAUUGAUGUGGCGAUAAAAGUCCUGAAGAUGGAGAAAGAGAAUGAGAAAACAGUAAAGGAUGAAAUGAUGAAAGAAGCUGAGAUCAUGCAUCAGUUAGACAAUCCUUUCAUUGUACGGAUGAUAGGAGUGUGCCAGGCAGAGAGCCUAAUGUUGGUUAUGGAGAUGGCAUCAGGCGGGCCCCUCAACAAAUUCUUGUCAAGUAAAAAGGAUCAGAUUCCUGUCAGUAAUAUUGUAGAGCUCAUGCACCAGGUGGCCAUAGGAAUGAAGUAUCUAGAGGAGAGGAACUUUGUGCAUCGUGACCUUGCAGCACGUAAUGUCCUUCUGGUCAAUCAACAUUAUGCCAAGAUCAGUGACUUUGGUCUCUCCAAGGCUUUGGCAGCAGAUGACAGUUACUACAAGGCUCGUUCUGCUGGAAAAUGGCCUUUAAAGUGGUAUGCCCCUGAAUGUAUUAACUUCAGAAAGUUUUCUAGUCGUAGUGAUGUGUGGAGCUAUGGUGUAACCAUGUGGGAGGCCUUCAGCUAUGGGCAAAAGCCCUAUAAGAAACUCAAGGGUACAGAAGUCAUGGCUUUCAUUGAGAAAAAUGAACGUCUAGCUUGUCCAACUGAGUGCCCCAAAGAGAUGUACCAGGUCAUGUUAGACUGCUGGAUAUUCAAGAUGGAAGAUCGACCCAAUUUUGAAAAUGUUGAGUCACGUAUGCGUGUUUAUUACUACAGCAUUGCUAACAAAACGGAAAAUGGAGCUACUUCUGCAGCAUCGGAUAAAAAAUAAUGAAGAUACAGACUUUAAGAUACAGAGCUUAAAUUUCAUAACAUGUUUUUGUUAACUUGACCUCCUAUACUCCUAGAACUGUCAAUCAUUUUGGUACACACCCUCUAAACAUAGGAAAAUGAAUUGGUAUUUCAAUAAAGAAAAUGGUAUGUAUUGAAAAUGAUUUCCCAUACAACAACAAAGAAUUGGGCAUUUAAACUCAAAAUGUAAGUCCCCAUAAAAGGUUCAAUUAUUAAUGGUGAAAAAAAAACACAUUUGCAAUGAUCUAUCAUUAUUUAUUUU